AUAUUGUGGCCUAACUACAGAUAAAUUGUUUGGAAAAGAUAGCUUCCUACUCCAAGCGACCUCACUUACACUGUUAGAUCUCGCCCACAAUGAAAUCACACAUAUUCCAAAGAACGUAUUUAAAGGUCUAACAAACUUAGACACCCUGCUCUUAUUUUCUAACAACAUUUCGACGAUCGAAGAAAAUCCAUUUGUCGUACUUAAGGACGCCAGCUCCUUUGGUAUACAAGUGAAUCCAUUUAAAUGCGAUUGUCGUCUCGCAUGGUUUCAUUUGUUUGCACUUGAUCAGAUCGGUAAACAGUUGUCUGGUCAUACUGUUCUUGAGGGAAUGACAUGUGCGUCUCCUAGCAACAUGGCUGGUAAGAAACUUCCUGAUCUCAAGACAACUGAGUUUUGCUGUGCAGCUACCAACGGUUCAGUUCGUGUUUGUGGAGAC